UUUAUAUGUUUAAUCAAAAUUCAUCCUCAUAAUCUCAAGGAUAAUAGUAGACUCCGAGCAGCUAGAAAGCUAAUGAAGUUUAAACCUAGCAAUUCCCUUCGACCUAAUCAAAUUUUAUUAAGACUGGAUAAAUUCCAACUUAAAAUUCAUAGAGUGCAACACAACAAGGCUAGACAAUACCCACUAACUUUUAGAUUUCCUAAAACCAAGCCUCUUAACUUAAUAAAAUUGGUUAGAAUUUGGUAAACUUUCAUAAUAGAUUUAGCAGAAUCCCGUAAAUUUCCCGAUUCCUCAAAUUUAAUAGGUAGUUCAACAAGCUUCAAUCCAAAACGUUUAGUCCAAUUUGAACAAUCCACAAUUCCCAUAACCCCCACAGACAAAGUCAAUGGUGAAUCCAUAAUUACAACAUCAAAAUUAAGCUCAAAUUCACAUAUGUAUAAUUCUAUUAAAAUAUUUGUUUAGAGUAAUAACCUCUAUUGGAGUUCUAACCAGUUCAAAAUGUGUAAAAUAAUGAAUUAAGUAAUUAAAAUAAUAGUAUCUUAUUCUAGAAUUGAAGAAGGAUCACUUAGACCAAUUAGAAAGGAAAUCUGAAGAACUUUUAAGAUACAUAGAAGAUAUGAAUCUAAAAACUAGUAGCUUGAACCAAUAGAGAUAGUAAGUUUUAGGGAGAAUACAAAAUCUCAAAAAAGAGAUUGAUGCAGAGGAAGCAAAGAGGAAAACACUAACUCAAUAACUAGAAAAUUAAUAAUAGACUUUAAAUUCUCAACAGUCAGAAUUAAAAGUUCAAUUUGAUGAGAUAUAAAUGGAGAGGAAUGAAUUGUAAACGUAACUGGGUAUGGAAGUUUAAAGGAUCAAUCAGUUGACUUAAGAAUUUAGAGAAACAGUCAGAAGCACAAAUUCUGACUCUAGCAAAUAAAUAUAAUAAAGGCUUGAUUAAUUAUACGAAUAGAAUCGAAAAUUGAAAGACGAAUUAGAAUUACAACAAGAAAGCUAAUUAAGUAACUAAAAUAAAGAACAUUAAAUAUUGAGAUUAUAAGAAAUUAUUGAAAGCAAAGAACGAUAUAAAAAGCAGGUUGAUUAAGAAUCCAAAGUAAUUCAAGAAGAAAUUGAUUAGUAUGAGUCUCAAAUACAAAUGAGAGAUCAAAAUAUCAAUCAGUUGAGCUUCGAUUUAAAAUAAGAAGAGAAAAAACUCAAAACCUUGAUUUAAUAGGUUGAUUCCAUGAAAGAAUAGAUUAAACUCAAUGAUGAUAGAAUUCGUCUGAAGAGUUAACAAAUUUCCUAAUUAGAAGAGAAAGCCUUGUCAGUCUUUAGAAAUCCUGGUAAUAGAUAGUAGAUAAACGAACUAAAAUAAGAAGUUGAACAUAAAGAUUAGAUGUAUGAUUUAGAAAUAAGGAAAAAGCAAGAUAAUAUUACACAAUCAAAAAUAGCGUUGGGCAACAAUAAAAAAUAAUAAAAAGAAUAUGAAGAAGCUCAAAGACAACUUAAAAUAAAGCAAGGAAAGGAAUUGCAAAUGAAGUUUAAAGAGAACUUUGGUUAACUUGAAGUUUGCUUUUUAAUAGAUUCAACAGCGUAACUAAUUUCAAUUUAUUUUUAGAUCAAUGGAGCCUUACAAGAGAUAAGCUUAACUUUGUGUUAAAGGAAGUGUGAAGGCAAUCAAAGUAUUAACAUAGAGAGACACAAGUUGGUCUACUGUAUGUUACGUCGAUACAGACAUCUUACCAAGGUUGGGAGGUAAGUAUAAAUAGUUUGGGUUCACAAAAGAAUCAGAAGAAUUAGAAAGGUUUAUUGAAUAAGUCUAAUGUACUGCUAAUAGAGAUUUGCCAGAAGAUGUAGAAGGAGGUAUGAAAUAAAUGUUGGAUAAUAUACCCUGGUAAACUAGAUUUAGGCUAGCUAUUUUAAUUUGUGAUUGCCCAUGUCAUGGAACUAAAUUCCAUAAUUAUGGUAGAAAUGGGGAUUACUAACCAGACGCUGAUUUCACUCCAACUAUUGAAAGAAUGAUUUAGUAGGAAAUAUUCUUUAUAGGAAUUAUAUUCACCAAACAUACAAUCAAGAUGUAUGAGGAAAUUAUGAAAAUAUAUCAGAGACACGGAAAAGAAGAAUAUUUUAUAUUAUCAGAUUUAAGUAAUAUUUCGUAAGACUUAUAAUAUGAAAAAUUAACCGAAGUCUUAACCUUUGCAUCUUCAUAAGCGACAUAAACAAACGUGAAAACUACAAGAACCUUUAACCAAGCAAAUGCUAUUUUAAAAAAUGAAGAAAGCAAAAAUUCCCCUGCUAGUCCAGUUGAAGCCCUUUGCAAAGUCGAUCUCAAGCAGGGCCUAAAUGCAGACAAUGCAGUAAGAGAGACCUUUAAGGUCUUUAGACUUUAGAUGAAAGAAGAAUCUUUCUAAGAGAAAAUGAAAGCUAUUUAGAAUAUUGGAGUUAAUGAUUUCUCAUUGAUUGAGGAAAAUGACUGGGAUUGCUUGAGAUCAAAAAAUGCAUUUGCAAAAGGAGCAAUGAAAGCAGCCUUUUUGAUGAUUAAAUCUAAAAAUAUGGGUUCUAAGAAUGAAUUCUACGUAUGUAAGACUCCUCUGAAUAUGCAACCCUAUCCAAAUAAAGAAAGUGCUAUUAAAGAGUGCAUACUGCAUUUAGUGAGUUAGAAGUGGUUGAGAAAAUAUUACAAGGAUUUGGAUGAAGUAGCCUCAUCGACAAAAUAGCAAUAUCCACAAAUCAGUUACUCAGAUAUUCUCCUGCUCCAAGAUGCAAACAGUACAUUUAUUUAUUAUAAUAGAAAAAUUUUGGUUGGCUGAAAGAUUCUUUGAAGGUAAUUUUAUUAAAUAUAAUAACAAUUGGGGUUUUGUGAAUAGUUCAACAGAUGAUAUUAAUAAAUUAGCUCAAUGCUUUUCUUAUUAUACAUACUUCAAAAGUGAUUAUCAAUAUUUGAUUUGUGAUAUUCAAGGAGUUGGUACUUGUUUGACAGAUCCUGCAAUUUGUACUAAAAAUAGUAUUAUUGUAAUUCUAUUAUUUAAGAUCACAAAAUUGAUCCAACUGAUAUGGGCGAGGAAGGAAUAGGAAGAUAUGUAGUGUCAUUUGGAGCUGUUAAGAAUAGUUGCACAAAUAUAUUAAAGGCAUUAAAAAUAGAAAUAUGAAUUAAAUAAUAAGAUAAAAUAUUUUCUAUUAAUGAAG